AUGAAUGGUCCGGGGAACCUUCCCGACCUUCGCGGUGGUACGAACCGACCUACGGAUGGUAGGAAUUUCCCACGCGAUGACGAUCAGGGUCGUCAUUCUGGCGGUGAUGAGAAUCGCCCUGCCUCGUACUUUUGUGGGAGUGCUCGUGCGAUGUGGCAUGGGACAACUUGGGAUGUGACCUGUCACCGAGUCUUUGUGCCAUGGGUAUUCUACCCGGGGUGCGGAGUUUAUAGAGCGGAGGUAAGAGGUGCUGUCAAUUCGCUAUUCCUCUUGUUUAUAGGCGUGUCUCUUUCCAUUACAGCUUUCCCUGUACUGGCUCGCAUUCUAGCUGACCUCAAACUCCUAACAACCCAAGUUGGUCAGAUCGCCGUGGCCGCUGCCGCUUUUAAUGACGUUGCUGCAUGGGUCCUUUUAGCUCUAGCUGUAGCCCUCGCAGGUAACGAAUCGGGUCAUGAGACCCAAAAAAGCUCAUUAGUAUCUAUAUGGGUUCUCAUUUCAGGUGUUGCAUUUGUUGCUUUCAUGUUUAUUGCUGUCCGUCCAAUUAUGAACUGGGUUGCACGCCAGUGCUCAUGCGAACACGACGUCGUUGAUGAAGUUUAUGUUUGUUUAACCUUAGCUGGCGUUAUGUCAUCAGGAUUUCUCACUGACCUUAUCGGAAUUCAUGCCAUUUUUGGUGCUUUUGUGUUUGAUUUAACGAUUCUAAAAGGAAGUGAAUUUUCGGCGAGAUUGAUGACGAAGAUUCAGGAUUUUGUGUCGGGAUUGCUGCUGCCGCUUUACUUUGCGUCAAGUGGGUUAAAAACCGAUGUGGCGAAGAUACGAGGUGCGGAGGCGUGGGGGCUUUUGGUGUUGGUGAUAUCAGCAGCUUGUGCGGGAAAGAUAUUGGGAACUUUUGUGAUGGCGACGAUGUGCAUGAUUCCCGUUAGAGAAUCCUUAGCGCUUGGUGUGCUGAUGAACACAAAGGGGCUAGUAGAGCUGAUUGUUCUCAACAUUGGCAGGGAAAAGAAGGUUCUUAAUGAUGAGAUGUUCGCAAUUUUGGUGUUCAUGGCACUCGUUACUACUUUCAUGACAACUCCAACUGUUAUGGCUAUUUACAAACCCCUCCGCCGUGUUACUACUCAAACUCGACGACAAUUGGAGCGAAAAUCAGCGAAUGCAAAAAAAUCAGAAGACGGGUUUCGGAUCAUGGCUUGCAUACACGGUCCUGAAAAUGUUCCUUCACUCAUCAAUGUUAUAGAGUUAAUGAGGAACACCAAGUUAUCCCGUCUCAAACUCUACGUCAUGCACCUUGUAGAGCUCACGGAUCGCUCGUCGUCGAUUGCUAUGGUUCAGAAAGCUCGAAAGAAUAGCGUUCCUUUCAUUAAUAGAGUCCGUCGAGGCAUGUCAAAUGAUCAAAUAGUCGCUGCCUUUGAAACUUGUAGCCAACUGGGAAGAGCCAUUAUUCGCCAUUCGACAGCCAUUUCAUCGUUGUCUUCAAUGAAUGAGGACAUUUUCCAUGUUGCGGAGGACAAGAGGGUGACGAUGAUCAUCUUGCCCUUCCACAAACAGUGGAGAGGAGACGGCGCAGAGGCGAUGGAUAGCGUUUUACCCAGGUGGAGAUAGGUCAACCGGAAGGUUUUACAGAAUGCACCUUGCUCGGUGGCAGUGCUCGUCGACCGUGGAUUUAUUUACGAGUCUAAGACGGUGGGAGAUUCCACCGCUUCCAUGCCGAAAAGGGUAUGCAUUGUAUUCGUCGGGGGCUCCGAUGAUCGGAAAUUGGAACUAAGCGGGAGAAUGGCAGAACAAGCAACAUUUAAGCUGACUCUGGUAAGGUUCAUUGAGAACGACAAUGGCUUAUCAAGCAACGAGAUUAACUACGAGGGGGAAAAGGGCCUGGAUAAGGCCGUACUGGAGGGAUUCAAGAGGAAGUUGAACGAGUCAGUGGAGUACCAAGACAAGAUGAUGAGCAACAUUAAACAGGAACUGCUAACGAUAGGGCAAAGUGGGGGUUACGACCUUGUAUUGGUGGGGAAAGGAAGGUUCCCAUCAAAUAUGGAGGCAAAAAUUGCCGAUAAUCAGGCCGAGAACGUGGACCUGGGAUCGAUUGGAAACAUUUUGGCUUCAUCACGCUAUUGCAUUUUAUCAUCCGUACUAGUGAUCCAAUGCCAGCACAAUGCCGAAGGAAAUGAAACUAAUGUCUCUAAAACGGUUUCUGACAAGAUAAUUCAUGCAAGGAAUAUAGCUGAAGAAUCCUUUUAUUAUGAUUGGGGAAUUCAACAAAUUGAUAUUAAUAAUGCGUUUCUCAAUGAAAAGUUGACAGAAAAGGUUUUCAUGGUUCCACUUGUUGGGUUUUCUGAUUCCUCUCAAUCACAGCAAGUUUGUCGUCUUCAUAAGGCGCUAUAUGGCUUAAAACAAGCCCCAAGGGCAUGGUUUGAUAAGUUGAAAGGGAAUAAUAUUCAUCUUAUUGAUCAAGUUGUGAAGGAUCUUAAUAAUCAGUUUGCUCUUAAGACAAUGGGAGCUGUACAUUACUUUCUUGGGUUUGAGGUUCAAAGAAAUCAGUCGGGUUUACUGCUUACUCAGAGUAAAUAUGCGCAGGAACUGUUAGAAAAGGCUCGAAUGGAAGAUUCUAAGCCAUAUUUGGCUUUUACGGUUAACAAAUUAAGCCAAUUUCUCCAAAAUCCAACUGAAGCUCAUUGGACUGCUUGUAAGAGGGUCUUACGAUAUAUAAAAGGUACUCUGAAUUAUGGUCUUAUCUUUAAGAGAAACAAAGAGUUUAAUAUUGAAGCAUAUGCUGAUGCGGAUUGGGCUAGUGAUGUGAAUGAUAGGAGAUCCACAAGUGGAUAUGCUGUUUUUCUUGCGGGUAAUUUAGUUCAAUGGAGUUCCCGGAAACAGAAAGUUGUCUCACUUUCGUCCACUGAAGCUGAAUAUAGGGCUUUAAGCCAAGCAGCCACUGAAUUUGUAUGGACUCAACAUCUUUUCAAAGAACUUGGGAUUGAAGUUAAAAAUGUACCAGUUAUAUGGUGUGAUAAUAUGAGUGCUGGUGCACUUUCCGCAAAUCCUGUUUUUCACGCCAGAACUAAACACAUCGAAAUCGAUGUUCAUUACGUGAGAGAAUUAGUAGCUCGAAAACAGCUGAAUGUAUAG